AUGCAAUCCCUACCUAAAAGCCAUGGUGCCGCCGCCGCCCGGGACUCUAAGAUGAAGUUAUGGGAUGUCGUGGCUGUCUGCCUGGUGCUGCUCCACACCGCGUCCGCCUUCCCGCUGCCCGCCGGUAAGAGGCCUCCCGAGGCGCCCGCCGAAGACCGCUCCCUCGGCCGCCGCCGCGCGCCCUUCGCGCUGAGCAGUGACUCCAAUAUGCCAGAGGAUUACCCCGAUCAGUUCAAUGACGUCAUGGAUUUCAUUCAAGCCACCAUAAAAAGGCUGAAGAGGUCCCCGGACAGACAAAUGGCUGUACUCCCGAGAAGAGAGAGAAAUCGGCAGGCUGCAGCGGCCAACCCCGAAAACCCCCGCGGGAAAGGCCGGCGAGGCCCGAGGGGCAGGAACCGGGGCUGCGUCCUCACCUCCGUCCACCUGAAUGUCACGGACUUGGGUCUGGGCUACGAAACCAAGGAGGAACUGAUCUUCCGGUACUGCAGCGGCUCCUGCGAGGCCGCCGAGACCACCUACGACAAAAUCCUGAAGAACUUAUCCAGAAGCAGGAGGCUGGCGAGUGACAAAGUGGGGCAGGCCUGUUGCAGACCCAUCGCCUUCGAUGACGACCUGUCGUUUCUGGACGACAACCUGGUUUACCAUAUCCUAAGAAAGCAUUCCGCUAAAAGGUGUGGAUGUAUCUGA